AUGGAAGCCCCUACCAUCCCCCUCGAAAAAGCCGCCGAACUCUCCGGCCUCUCCUCAAACGGAGUCACGCGAGUCCCCAACGACGAAAUCGACAAGACUUUCGCACGUACCACAAACCUAGCCUCCUCCGCUCUCAACGCCAGAGUCUUGUCACGAUCAAACGACUACUUCGCCUCAGCCGAAAACUUACUCACGCCCGGUCCACCAGUCCACAAACCCGGCGUCUUCGUGCAUACAGGCGCCUGGUACGAUGGGUGGGAGACGCGCCGACACAACCCGGAACCAUAUGACUGGGUGGUCAUAAAACUCGGUGUCUCAAGCGGAGUCAUUGAAGGUAUCGAGGUCGAUACUGCAUAUUUCGUGGGUAACUAUGGCGAAAAAGCUGAGUUGCAGGGCACAUACGCACCUGCUGCAAGCGCCGAGACCGAUGAGCAGAUUGCCAGUCCGGAGUAUAAAGGGUGGAAGACGAUAUUACCCCUUGUAGAGUGCGGGCCGAGUCAGCGACGGGCAUGGAAGAUUGAUUCGUACGAUGCCGCGAAUCCGACGCCGUAUACUCACGUGCGUCUAUUGAUGUAUCCCGAUGGCGGAUUUGCGCGUUUGAGGCUCUAUGGUCAUGCUAUCCCACCGCCUGUGACAACAGCAGCAACAGAAAUAGAAGAACUCUCAUCUGCGCUGGUGGGUGGUCUCGCCCUCUCUGCGUCGGAUCAGCACUACACACCAGCCUCGAACACAAUCUUGCCAGGUCGCGGAAAGGAUAUGGGCGAUGGCUGGGAGACUGCUCGCAGCCGCACACCUGGACACGUUGACUGGGCCAUUUUCAGGCUCGGAUUACCAGGCACAGUGCACAAGAUCGUAGUUGACACGAAAGAUUUUCGGGGUAAUUUCCCGCGUGAAAUUCGCGUUCAUGGUCUUGUAACCUCCAAAGACGAGAAAGAGGAUCCUACGAAUGAGCAUCCGGGCUGGGUUGAGUUGCUGAAUGGCGACAAAAAGACACAGGCUGAUACAGAGCAUGUGUUUGAGGGCGUGGAGCUUGCGGCUGGKCUGGAUAAUAAGACGGUGUUUACGCAUGUCAAAUUAACUCUUAUCCCAGAUGGUGGUAUUAAGAGAUUCAGAGUAUUCGGAAAGAGAGCGAUCUAG